AUGUCCACCAAUAUCAACGAUGGAAACAUCAAAAUUUCUUUGCCUCAAUUUUUAAAGAUCCUCACUGGGAAUAACCUCCCUAUGCAGAAAGCAAUCGCCGUGGCUGCUAAAGUAUACAAAGAAUACAACACCCCCGCUAUGCUUGGACAACUCAGUGAUUAUAAGCUCAAGGUAGUAGGAAUCGACGAUAAAGAUGACCGAAAGCUCGUCAUGGGUGCAAUCCGCAAGGCUGGACUCAAAGGCUCACUUCUGAAGCAGAAGAAGGAAUCAUCCUCAACGCUAGUCUCCCCCAUUGCAGGUCCUUCGGCUGUUCAAAAUAUCAUAACCCCCCCAAAGCGGAAAAGAAAACGUACAAGUACCGACCAUAAUGAAUUUUUUCUCGAUAGCCAAGCGGACGAGGCUGCCAAUCUUGGUAGCUUAGAAUUUAACGAGAUCCUAGAUGAGGAUGUGCUGAGAAUCAAGUCUACGGUGGUGAAUCGCGCACCAAUAAUGACUGCGUGGGCCACCCUCGUAGCAGAACGUAUGCACUUCAAACGGGAAGAGGCGCUUAGUAUCGCUUCCGUUUACACUGAAAUUAAUGCCAUCUCCAAAGGGAUAUCGCUCGGUAUCUAUGACAAAGGCAAGGGAAAAUGUCUGGAAGUCCCAACUGAAGGGUCACAGCCAUAUGUAGAACUAAUGGGAAGAAGACCACUAUACCAUACCCAGUCGGGCGAAUGGCGGGCUCUCUCUAACGGCUCGCCCGUCCCACCGAGUACCGCGUUCUCCUACAUAUCUCGAUCCUUUCGACAAACCACCGCUUCCAUUGUUGGUGCACUGAGACUGCUGUCGGAGAGCUACGAACCACAGGAGUUGAAUUCAAAAGCGUGGUCACUAUACAUGGAAUUCAGGCCUUCCGUAGACAAGUGGGGGGAACGAUCCGACGUUUCGUGUGCAAAAAUUUUAGACCUUCGCAAGAAAGGAAAACUUUUGGCAUCGGACAAGGCAGUUAAUGAGCCUUCUGGAGCCGGGAUGAGGAACGAAAGUGUUAUCGAGCCACCGGAAGGCCACGCGGACGGGCCACGACGCAAGAGACCCAGAGAGUUGACACUCGAAGAGUAUGAGGUGGCUCUUGACCAAGAUUCAACUUUCGACAAUGUAGAUCUCAGCUUCAAUACUACAAUUCCGUAA